AAGGUGAUGUGUUCAUGACCCACUCAUUUAAACACGAGAAGAGCAAGAAGUUCCUCAGCCGGCCAAACGCACACGAACUUAGGGCGGUGCUACGAAAUCCAAGAAGGCUUCAACUAGGCGCAAAUACAGGAAACGAUUAUUCAAGUAUCAUACUAUACUACCACUUCAUUUUAUUUUCAUCUCCAUUCGCAUGCUCAUCAUUUGCCACUGUUCGCUCUCACGGACUUACAAUGGACCUGCAACUGCUCGUAUGUUUCUUUUUCACUCUGCCGCACUCAAUGAUGUCGCUUGUAUGAUCUCUUUUCGUUUCCAACUCACUCGAUCAAUCGGACCAACCAACGCCACGUUAUACAAGGCCCGAUCAAUGUGCGCCCUCGCCUUCAAACAAUCAGACUUCCAAACAUGCUUCCAGUCCGGUUUCUGUCGCAGAGGACGUGUCCUCGCAGCACGAUUUCAAGAAUCUCCAUCGUCAUGGAACUCCUCGUACUCAAUCAAAACCCCAGAACCUAGCCCUCACUCGUCCAUCUAUCCCGACGUCAAAUUCGUGUUUGAUAUUAUUAUGCACGAGGAAAGCAUUGUACACGUGCGAAUAGAUGAAGAGGACGGACUGAGGAAACAGGAAAAAGCCAAGGCUGUUUAUGGACCGAAGACGGAUAUGGAGCUUAUCGUCGACUUUAACUCUCUCAAAAUCACGCUUUACCGCGGCGGCAUAGAAUAGAUCGUAUUGAACAGGCGCGGCUUACUUACUGCACAUGGAGUAUUUUCAGAACCGAAGAUCCUAACUAUGUGGAUACAUCGAGGCGAAGUCCCCCAAACACGCUCCCUCCCAAGCACAACAGGCUCCACCGCAAAAUACACAGACCCCUUCCGUCUUUACAACAUAGAUGUCUUUAAAUACCUCUCAUACCUCUCAAACUCGCCGACUUCUCUCUAUGGCUCGAUCCCGCUCAUGCACGCG